UUUCCACUCUAUGUCUGAUUGUCUGUGGCGUUAUCAAAUGACGAAGUGAUGCAUAAUUUUGGCAAUGCACGCGACAACGCGAUUCCCUGUUUUUGUAAACAUUUCUCGCGAACCGGAAUCAGUCACUGAACUCAGUCCGAAUCCAGCUGCUCGGGAAGACGGUCCUUCACGAUGGAAAAGAACAAACGCGUUGGCGAGAAGACGUCUCUGUUGGGUAGACAUCACCAAGAGAGCGUUCCGGGAUCUUUGGCGAGGAUCGGUCCGAUGGUCUUCCUGCACACUUUAGGUUGGAGCUUUUCCGAAGUGAAGCUCACCGAUCAGAUCGUCUACCAAGCGUGCGUGGUACAUCUGGGAAGCGCCGAAGGCGGUUGUUCCCGGCUUGGGCAGGACAACGUCACAACAAUUGGUACACAGCUGGAGCAGGUCGUCCAACCGUUCGCGGCUUGCGUUUCGAUGUCGAUCGUCCUGCUGACGUCAGUCGUUCCAGCGCUGGCAGCACUCUUCUUCGGACCAUGGUCCGAGAGGUUCGGCAGGAAGCCGGUCAUAGCUGUCGCUUCCGUUGGGUAUCUUCUGAGCUACCUGUUGAUCGCUCUCAUCGGACAUCUGUCCACGUAUUACAUCGUGACGCCGUGGUUCUACGUCGCGGCCAACAUUCCGGUGGCAUUCCUCGGAGGGUUCUCCGUCUUCAACGCCGGGAUCUUCAGCUACAUGAACGACGUAAGCAACGAAAACAAUCGCACGGUUCGGAUGGGAGCCCUGCAGGGCUUCACCAUACUUGGAGUGCUCAGCGGCCUCUUCGCAAGCAGCUGGACAGCUGGAGCGAUAACCAUAACCACGUCGUUCCUGAUCUCGUCUGCAAUCCAGCUGGUGAGCCUGCUGCUGCUGAUCUUCCUGAUGCGUGAAAGCGUCCAGGUGGAUCGUAGCGUCCAAACAAGGCAGAAGCUCGCAGCGAUCUUCAAGCUCGAUCGCGUCCGGGACAUGAAGCGGACGCUGCUGCAAGAUCGACCCGACGGCGGACGCACGAUCGUGUGGUUCCUGAUCGCGAUCGGCGGCAUGGUCGAGCUGGCGACCGCCGGUCGCGUCCUCUUCUUCCUGUACACCCGCCACGAGUUCGGCUGGAACAUCCAGCAGUACAGCCUGUGGCUGUCCUCGGAGUUCGCCGUGAUCAUGCUCGGUAACCUGUUCGGAAUCCUCGCGCUUCGCAAGCUGUUCCGCGUGUCCGACCUCGGACUCCUUCUCCUGUCCACCGUCAACCACCUGGGAGACUUCCUGAUCAAGGGCUUUGCCCGGCAGGGUUGGCAACUGUACCUGACCACGUUUCUGACCCCGUUCAAGGGCAUCGACGGAGCCGCGGCGCGAUCGCUACUCGCGAAGAUUCUACCCCAGGACGAGGUCAGCCGCACCUACGCCAUGGAUCUUUCGGUGAAGGCGCUUACGCCGCUCGUGUCCGUGUUUUUGCUGACUUCGAUCUACAACGGCACGCUGGACAGCGAUCCGUCGGUGUUUCUGUUCGUGACGUGCUUGGCGUUCGUGCUGAACCUCGGCCUUGUCGGGUAAGGUUUGGUUUUUCGUUGUUUGCUUUGUGUCGAUGUUCGUGCUUCGGGUACGAACGGCCGCACAAAGCAGACGACGAAAAUUCGUUCGUCGUUUUUUCAGUGUUUGUGAUUUCAGCUCGAUUUAUUACUUGAUGGGAGUUCGUGAAGCGAAGUUUGCAGCCGAAAAUGGAUCAAGCUGUGUUCGUUCCCGAUAUCCGCUGCGGCGGAAUGUUUGACAGAAUAUUUUACGAGUAUUUAUAUCUAAACAGUCAAGUUAUUACAUCAUUCCAACAAAUGGUAAUGCGUUUAAUUCUCAUGAGUCAUGACGACUCGCGUAAUACCAACUCAUUUGUAUUCCCACGUGCGCAGCAAACCCCGAACUGUAACCAAAACUUCUACUUGACUUUUCAAGAACUACUUCAUCACCCGUCCAAAAGUUUGCGCCAACUUUGGAUGUGAUGAAUUAAUUAUAGGAUAUCGUGUGGAUUCCAAGUUUGCUUCUCUUUUUUCAUCUGUUCGAACUCAAUUUGAGAUAAAUUCAUUCAUUCGGUAACGAGGAGGCACUCAGCCGAGCUUCGAGCGCUGAACGAGCAUAACUGACUCAUUUGAAUUGUGUAAUUUUGUACGUGUUAGUUGAUUGGUACGAUUGUGUUGCUGACAGUUCUUUUUAUUGAUGUUCGUUCUGCGCGGUGGUUAUGGGCAGCAAGGUGGAAAUCAAACGUGUA